AUGAUAAUGAGAGAGGUAGAUGAAGAUCUAGCUAUUUUCUUGGGGAUACGAAGUGCGGUGGAUAGAAAUGACCAUCCUGCCCCUGUCAAAUCUGUUGAUGAAUUUAACAAAUCAAAAGACUUGCAGCCAAAACCGAAUUGCUCGUUGCCCGUGAACGCUACUCAAGAACAUAUUGUCCCGAAUGCGGCUGAGGAUAGUUUGCUUGACUUCGAGACUGAAGAAAACGAUUGCAAUCGGCAAUCCGAUUCCUCUUCACUUCAUCCGGUAGAUUCAAACGGGCCCGAUUAUACACUCAAUGGCUCUAAAACUCCCAAGGGUGACUCGAUUUCAAUGAAAUCCGAGGUAGAAAACUUUUCUGAAGAAUCCAAUCCCCCGAGCGACAGCCCACCGUACCAAAACCAAUCACAAAUGACCACAAAUCCAUCCUUUGGGCCCAACAAAAGGCCUUCAUCCUCAUCAUCAUUCGGGCCCCACCGCAAACCCUCUCCAAGACCCUCGACUCCCACAUCUCGCCCGACCCUUCCUACAAAAUCGAGACCCUCACGACCCACAUUGUCUUUUCCCUCCAAACCAAGCUCAAGAUCCUCAACUCCCUCGAGGCCCGUAUCACGCUCUUCCACUCCUAAUUCCUCAAGGCCCGGUCCGCGAACCUCCACGCCCACUCGUGGCAAACCGGGCCCCACCUCCACAAUCUCCAAAGCUGUGGGACCCACAAGGCCGUCCUCUGCAUCUAGAGGAAGGGUGAGUAGGCCCGAAGAGAAGCCCAAUAAACGGCAACAAAAAUCGUGCUCGCCUCCGAAAAUGCGGGCCCAAAUUGCGGCUGGGCGUCAGAGGGCUCGGGUGGGAACUAACGAUGGAGAUGAAGUGAACCCGGUUUUGAUGGGCACGAAGAUGGUGGAUAGGGUCGUGAACAUGAGGAAGCUCGUCCCACCUAUACAAGACGAGAGCCUUUCUCGCGAUAAUUACGGUUCGAGAAAACCGGGUUUGGAGAAUUCGGGUUUCGGGAGGUCGCUCUCGAAGAAGUCGUUGGAAAUGGCCAUACGGCAUAUGGACAUUAGAAGAAGCAUGUGCGAAAACUAG